AUGAUAUAUAUUUUCAUUUUAAUUUUUUUAUUGAAAUUAUGGAAAAAAAUAGAUUGUCAAUCUUGCUAUUUUAGAAACAAUAAGAAUGUUAUUUUAUCUUCAAAUAUAAAAAUAAAAAAUAAAAAAAAUUAUUAUUAUUACAAAAGUAAGCAUCUUCAUAAUGAUAUAAAAAAUAUAUUUGCAAAAGCAUAUAAGGUUUCCUUUAAUACAUUAAAAAAAGAGGAUUAUAAAAGUAAGCUUUUCUCACUUAAAGAAUUUUAUUCUAAUUAUUUUUUGUUACAUUAUAUCAACACCAAUAAUAAAAAUGUUUUUUCACUAAGUAAUAUAUAUAACAAUUUUUUUUGUAAAAAAAAUAGAAUAAAUCUACAAAAAAUUUUAUAUUCUUUAAAAACGAAAAGACAUUCUUAUUCUAAGAAAAAAAUACUAUUUAUCCCAAAUAAAAUAAAUUUGAAAAAUGAGAAAUAUAACAAUAAAAUUAGAUAUAUUGAAAGAAAUAAACUUAAAAAAUACAAGUUCAUAAAGAAAAAAUGCUAUAGUGAAAGUUAUAAUAAUUUGGGAUAUAAUCCAUUUAAGAAUAAUAUCUUAAAGAUAAAUGAAAAUGAAAAAUAUAAUUCUUCUGAAAUAUUUAACGCUUAUAAUUAUUAUUUUCAUAAUGAAAAUUAUAUAGAAAUAAAUGAUAAUUAUCUUUUUAGUAAAUUUUUUCUAUUUAGUAUUUUAAAAAGUAGCUUAAUAUAUAGUUACACUAAAGAAGAAUAUAUGAAAAGGUUAAUGAAGGAAAUAUGGUUUUUAUUUUAUAAAUUAUAUAAGAUAAAUUUAAAUGGUUUUGACAGAGAAAGCGAGUUAAAAGAAAAUAUGAAAAUUGAGAAUAUAAAUAAACAAAAUAUAUUAGAAAACACAAAAUUUGAUGAAGCUUAUUCAAACUCUUACAAAGGUAUGGAAUAUCUAGGAAUAAAUGAAGAUUUUUUUCUUAUAAAUGAUUAUAAAAAUACUAAAAACCAUUAUAUUUGCUCUUUUCAUAAUAAUAAAAAUACAAUUCUUAUAAAAAAUUGGUUGUGCUCUUUACACUGUUUGUUUAUUAAACAGUGGGUAGAUAGACUUGUUAAUUUUAUAUUAAAAGAAAAUUUUUCAAAUAAAGAAUUUUCAAAAAAUAAUUUGAUUAUUAAAUGUGAAAAUAAUAUUCAAAAAAAAUUAUUUUUUCAUUUACAAUGUUUCUAUUUCCUUUUUACUAAAGAAAAAGAAGAUGAUAAUGGUUAUUUAUAUAUUGAUUCUUUAUACAAUUAUAGACAAAAUGGUUAUAUAAAUAAUAACUGUUAUAAAAAAAAUAUCGUGUCAGAAAAUAAGGAAAAAAAUAUGGAUAAAAAAUAUAUAAAUAAGGAAAACCUAAAUGAAAAUGUGAAGUAUAUUAGUCAAAAUGAUAAUGUAACAAAUGAAAAUAUCAUCAUAUACAUUUAUAGAAAUAAUGAAAAUAUAGAAAAAUAUUAUAAAUAUUUAAAAAAUAUUUAUAAAAAAGAAUCCGUUAGUUUUUUUAAUUAUGACAAAUAUAUACAUAAUGAUAAUUCAUUUUUCAUAAUGUUAAUAUCAUACGAAGAAUUUUUUAAUAUCUCUUAUUUUUAUAGUAGUACCUUUGAAAAUUUUAAAAAAUAUAUAAAUAGCAAAACAAUUUUUUCUGAAAUAUGUAUUAAUUUAUUUCAAGUAUUUUCAUGUCUACUUAAAUGUUCUUCUUAUGGUAAUAAAGAGUUGAAUAGAAAUUCUCAAAAUUAUAAAUUUAAAAUCUUCUUCGAUGAUUUCAAUUUAAAAUAUAAUUAUGAAGUAAAUAUAAUAGAAAAAAAUAUAUAUGAACAUCUUUUCUCUUUAUUAAAUAUAAAUGAAAAAAUGACAUUUUAUUUUUUAUCAACUCAUAUUUUUAACCUCUCAUUAUUUAAAAUAUGGAUAGCAAGUAUUCAUAAGAAUUGUUCUACAAUAAGUUUAACAAAAAAAAAAAAUUUCUUUAUUUUACAUAAAAAAUUAAUUUUUAGAAUUAAUAACAACGAUGAAAUAAAUAAAAGUAAUAAUAAUGAUAUAAAAUUAAAUAAUAAUAUAGAAAAUGAAGAAAAGAUGAUAUUUAAUAUGGUAAAAAACAAAAAAAAAAAUGUUUUGAAUAAACAAGUUACCAACAAUUUAUUAAUAUUUAAUAAAUUUAGAAAAGAUAUUAUUGUCAAAUAUUUGAAAGAGAAUAAUUUAUAUAAUAUAAAUAAAUUAAAGAAAAAAGACAAAAAACUUAAAAGAAAGUUCAAUAUAGCUAAAAGGUAUUUAAAAAAAAAGAAGAUAUAUAAUUUUAAUAUUUCUCGUUAUAUUGAUUUUAUUAUAAGUAAAAACAAGAAGGGAGACAUAUUUUUUAAAAAAAUUAUUAAUCCUUCUUAUAUUUUAAAAGAGGAAAAUUUGCAAAAAAAUGAUAAAAUUAAUAUAUUAACUAAUAAUUUAUAUAUUGCCUAUAAUAACGACACUUUUAAUAAAGAAAGAGAGGAUUUAAAAUUUUCUCAAUUAAACAAUGACUUAAUUAAUUUAGAAAGUAAAAACAAAAAUUUAUGUUUUCAGAAAAAUUAUAAAUUGAAUAUUUUAAAGAUAAAUGAAAAGAAUAAAGAAAAUAAGGAUGAAAAAGAAAAAGCUAAUUAUUUAUUAGAAGAAGAGAAAAAGAAAUCUAUAAAGAAUACUUAUAUAUGGGAUGAAACUGAUGUAGCACUUAAAAAAAACUUAAAUUAUAAUAAUAAAUAUAGAUUUUUUUAUUUAAAUAAAGUUGAUAUAAAAAAAGAACAUAAUAUAAUGAGUAAGAUAAACUUUACUAAAAUAUAUCCUUGUAUCUAUUAUAUAUUCAAUUUAGAAAAUUUUCUUCUUUUUUCUGAAGAGUUAUAUGAACAGUUAAAUUUGUUAGAUGAACAUUCAGUAGAAAAAUGUGAAAUUAUUUUAAAAAAGUAUGAAGGAAAAAUAAAUGUAAAUAAUAAAUUCAAAAUGUAUUUAUUCAAAGGAUUAUUUUUAGUUUCAGAAAAGUUGAAUAUAUUUCAAAAAGCUCUUAUUAAAGAGUUAUUAAAAAGAGGAUUAAUAAAAAUUAUAAUAUCAUGUAUUAAUAUUUCUUCAGAUGGUUUUUCUGUUCAAAGCGUAUUCUUAGAUAGUGUUCAUAUAAAUAUUAAUAAAAAAUUAAAAUAUAAUUAUUUGAUUGAUUUAAUAAAUAACUUACAUGAUGAAACAUUUUAUUCUUUUUCAGAAAAUAGUGAUAUAAAUAAUAAAAAUAAAACUGAUGAUAAUGUAGAAAAUAGAUUAAAAAAAUUAGAAAGUAAUGUAAAUAUUUCAGAAGAUAUGUAUAGGUUACAUUUUGUUAAAUAUUUCAUGUAUUUAAAUUUUAGAUAUAUUUUUAGAAAAUAUACUUUAUCAAAUAAUGAUAUUUUAAAUUUAUCUAAAAAUUCAAUUAACUUUUUUCUAAUUCCUCAAAAAUAUGAAGAUAUUUCAAUAAUUUUAAACACAAACAACAAUAAUUAUUUAAAUUUUUCAAAUAUGCAUAAGCAUAUAAUUAGAGAUUUUUAUUUUAAUAUGUAUUACAUUAUUAUUACUAAAAGUAUAUCUAUUCACUUAAAAUUUUUGAAGGAUUUACAAUAUGAUAAAAAAUUAGAUAAAAAAGUUUUAGUUAAUGACUUAAAAAAUAAUACUUAUAAUAAGAAUUAUAAGGAUAAUAGCAUGGAUAAUUAUAUUAGAAAAAAUAAUAUAAAUAAUUUAAAUAUGAAGCAAUAUUUUUUUAGAAGUAAAAUGAAUAAAUAUAAUUUUUUUAAUAAUUAUAUUAACAACAUUUUUGAUAGUAAUUUUAUAUUACUCAACCUAUAUAAUAUAAUAAAUUUGUCUUUAGACUUUUAUAAAAUUUAUAAAUUUAACCAGUUGAAUGCAUUUUUAUUUAUAAAAAAUUAUAUAAAUAUAUGUAAUAAUUUAUCAUAUUUGUUAAACUAUUAUGAAUUUUUAUAUUUUUAUUUUAUAAAUAAUAAAGAUUUUGAAAAAAUUUGUGAAAGUAGUAAAAAUAAUUUUUUCAAUUUUCUAUUAAUGAAAAGAACAAAAUAUGAAAAAGAAUUUAUAAAACAUAACAAAGAACACAAAUUAGAUUUUUAUCAGAAACAACUGAAGAAAAUAUGUAAGUACUUUGAUGAAGACCAUAUUUAUAUGUAUUAUAAUACAUAUAUAAAUUAUAAUAAAUUAAAAAAAAGAUUUACAAAAAAACUAAAAAUAUUAUAUAAAGAAAAGUAUGAUAUGCUUUAUAUAAAUAUAAAAAAUAAUUUUAAAAAAGUAGUCUUGAGUACAAUAGAUAAAAAACUUUGUAUAAUUUUAGAUAUAUAUAAAGUAAGUAAAAAAUAUAUAGAUAAUUUAUAUAUUUGCUUGAAUGAUUCAAAUGAAUUAUUCAUUUGUAAAAUAUUUUUCUUUGCUGCUCUUAUGAAAAAUAAUAAAUUUUAUAAAUAUAUUAAGAAAAAAAGUAAAAAAUUUAACUAUUUCAAUUAUUUGUUUAAUAGCAGAGAAGUAACAAACUAUAAAAUAUUUAUAAAAGAAUAUGAUUUUCUAUUCGAUAUAUAUAAGGAAGAAAAUAAUAAUAAAAAAAGUAUUAUUUCUAAUAAAAAUUAUAUAUUUGAAUUUUUCGUUAAUAAAAUUAGUUUAAGUAAUGAAUUUAAUAAAGAAGAAAAACGAGAUUGCUAUAAAUUAAAAGAAAAGUCUCAAGAUGAAAAUACAGAAAAAGUAAUAGACAUAUAUGACAUACUAUUUAAUUCUUAUAAUGAAAGUAUAUAUAAUAUGAAUAAUAGAAUGAUUCUGUUUUUAAAAAAAAUGAGAAAUAUGAAAAGAAAAUUAUAUAUACAAUAUUUAAAACAAAAGGAUAUGCAAAAGAAGAAAAAAAGAAAUUUGUUUUAUUUUUCAAGUAACAGCUUAAAUGAACAUUACAAUUUAAAAUUAUGUAAUAAAAAUGAAGAAAUUAAAUUUAAUGACCUAAAAGAAAAGAAGGUAAUUUAUGAAAAACCCAAUGAAUUAUCAAAAUUUAUAAAAGAUGAUUAUUUCUCUAAUAAUGAAGCACUAAUAAGAAGAUAUUUUUACAAUAAUAUAUGUAGAAAUAAUGAAGAAAAGAAAAAUAUUAAAAUAUUUGUUUAUGAAAAUUUAAAAAAUUUAAAGAAAAAUAUAAAUAAUGAUCAUAAGUUAAAAUAUUCAGAAAAUAAAAAUAAAAAAAUAUUAUUAGAUUUUAAAAGUAUCGAUUUUCUAAAUUUAUACAAAAAAAAAAAAAAUAUAGGAAACAGAAAUAAUUAUUUAAAUGAAAUAAAUCAAAUAAAUCGUAUAUUUGGGUGUAAUACUAAUACGUUUAAUAAGGAAUUUUCUAAUAUAUUUUUAUUUCUUAAUAACUUUAAUUUAAUAGAUAUAUUAAAAAAAUAUAUGAAUCCUUAUAUAAAAAAUUCUUUAUGGUUUUAUAUUAUAACUUUGUAUAUCAAUCAUAUAUAUUCAUUAAACAAAAAUGAAAUAAUUAUGAAUCCUGAAUUAUUAAUUACUAUUUUUUAUAUUUGUUUUUAUGAAAAUAAAUAUAGCUACCUAGAUAAUUAUAUAUCAUCUUUUCAUAUAUCAAAUAUUUAUUUAAAAAAUAUUGUCGCUGAUAUUUUUAUCUACAAAGAAUUAUUAUCUUCUCUCCAAUUUAAGUUUAAAAUUCAUAUAGAUAUUACAUUUAAUUUAAUAGAUCUUUGUGAAGUAUUUGAGUCACUAACUAAAUUGAGAAAAAAAAACUUUAAAGAUAUUAAUGAAAAUAUAAUAGGAAUUUUAACAAAGUUGAAUUUGAUACUGUAUAACGUUUCUUCCUAUUUUAACAAAGAUAUUAAUGAAAUUAUUUUAAGCUUUAUUAAUUACAUUAAUGAGAUGAAAAAAUAUAAAGAAGUUACAUAA